AUGGGCUACCGUCUACCACGGCCAUUUAUGUCGUUGCUGAAGGUGACGGCAACUGCUGACGAGCGUUUUGGCCAUCUCGAGACCGCUACAGGUAGGCGAGAGGGGGAGGGUGAGGCAGAGGAGGAGGGGGAACGGGAUGAAGAGGGGAGGGAGGAAGAGGAGGAGGAGGAGGAGGAGGAGGAAGAGGAGGAGGAGGAAGAUGAAGAGGAGGUGGUGGCUGGUGAUCGCGGAGAGCCUUCGAGGGAAAAGACGUCAUCGCGCAGCGUCCUAGAUCGACCCACUGUCCGGCUUCGUUUGGUGCGCCAGCUCUGUCCGGUGAGUCUGUACGAGCAGAUGCUCGACUGUUGGGCCCAAGAGCCCGAGAUGAGACCGACCUUCGAGUAUCUGGCGGGUGCACUCGCCGACUGGGCACAGGUCAACGAACGCCUCUACCUCGAAGAGGAGGCCACAAUGUCUGCGGUGAGCACACCCAGUUUCCAGGCGCCCAGAUCACCGGUUGACGGCCAGUCUGGGGUCUCGCCGUCGAGACGGGAUGCUCCGAGUCCUGCCGUUCUUGCCGCUCUUCAGCCUUCUUCGCCUCUGUCGUCACCGGCCUCCCUCUUGUCGCCAAACACCCCCUCCUUUUUCGGUCGUCCCCUCGAGACGGCGCCCCGAAGUGCCCAUCUCGACGACUACAGGUCGCUUGACUUCCCACCCCGCCGGCCGAGACGCGUCUCAGACGCCGCUGGCCGUCGUGACGCGACUGUCGGUCCGUUGAACUCGCCCAAAGCAGCAAACGGUCGAAAGUCCGAGUCCCGGCAGCCGACGAGACGCCGGCUCGCCUUGUUCCGUCCGCAGAGGAGGACUGACCACUCGCAUAUCUCGACUGUCGACCUGAAGCAGGCCUAG